CAGCAAUGCUCGGCUUGGGGCGGAGGGGUCAGCUGAGGGAAAGAAUAGCAGUGAAAUGUUUGGAAAGACCUUUUUCAGCUUUUCUGGAUGCCAUACUACAGACAACACUUGGAGAAGCAAAUACUUACGAUAAAAGCAUUAAAUGAAGUACUUCUGGGGUGGAGAAAUGUCUUUAUGAAACUCUUCAAAACAGAUGAGAAGAAAAUGGGAUGGAUAAAUUGCAUCUAAAUGAGGGAAUUCAGAGUUUAGAGGUUUUCAUUGUUGUUGGUUUGGGGGGUUUGGUGGUAGUGUAUUGCCUUUUUUUUUUCUCUUCCCUCCCCACCCCCCAGGGUCUCUUGCUUUCAGUUUUCUACCUUUUUCAAUUUUCAGUUACAACCCACUUCAUUGUUUUCUCUUCCAAGUCAGUAUUAUUCCAAACAUAUUUUUAAAGACUUAUCUGCUACUGAAAAAAUAAAUGUCUACUUUUUCCCAGAAAUGCAAAUUGAGAUUCCUAUCUAACGGACAAUGAAAACUGUGCCUUGUUAUUGGAGUGUGGUUAGUUAGCAUGUAAUAGUCCCUGGUAGAUGUGGAAAGUCAAUUUUUCAGGAUGAACAGUAGCUUCUAACUGUUUUUAAUACAGCAUUUGACUUUCAGGUCUACUGUCCUUUGUACCUUUGUCCUCAGCCUUUGUAAGAGAGUUUAAUUCAUCCAUGGUAAAACCGCAUGCUGCUUGAUUUUAUUUCUCAGAACAGUAAAUUCCUUAGCUUUAUACCUCUGGUGUGCAUUUUCCCAAAGGUUGGCCUGGUGCUAGAGACCCAGUGCAGCUCAACUCCUAAAGACAUUGGGAAAAGUUGGCAAAGCCUCAAUUGAAAAAAAUGCUUAUUUCCUAACUAUUUUUUUACUCACUGGCUGUUGUUAACGUUUUAAAAGCUGGAGCACAGUGGAAGCCAAACUUUGAAACAAAUGUUGUUCCCUUUGUUACUAAACUUCUUUCUUGCCCCCUACUCCCCUGCUGAGUUUUAAAAAUCUGCCUGUAAAUUGGCAGAGCAGCUGCAUUCAUGAAAAAUGAGUUCUUAAGAGGUCCCGAGUGGGAUCUUCUGGAAAGUUGCCAAAGCUGCCUUUUCCAAAAGCUGUACAACAAUUACAUUCACGUGUCCUGGAUUAGAAUUAUCAAAUUUCCUAGAUCUGAUCAUUCUGUAAUUACCCUGGUUUUUCUAAGACUGUAGAUGGAUGUUGUCUCUGUUCCUUUUCAAUUGUAUAACAUUUGUAAGCUGGCAAAAUAACUCCUCAACUCCCUUCCUCCCACCCCUGCCCUCCCCCAAAUCCACUUAGGUAGCAUAAUGUAGUAUUUGCUAUUUUUCUUGGAAUAUGCAUAUCCUGUGACAAACUGCUUCAAACUGUUGAACAGCAUCAGUUAAUCAUGUCAAGGUUAGAUAAUGUGGACCCUUUUUUCUGUUUGUUUUUGCAAACACUCAGGAUUUUCAAGGUAGAGUUCUGUGGGAAUUUCUCUUCUUCUUGCAUUGUUUCUGAUAUAUUUUUAAAUCUUAAUAACUUCCUUAUCAGAGAUGAAAACAUAAACUCUCACUGCUUUGGGCUACUCCUGCAGAAACAUAGUGUUCUCAGUGGGGUACUGAAUGAUGCCAGAUCCUUACGAGCACAUCACAGACAGCUCUCUGUCUCAACAGCCAGCAAAAUCAGAUAGGCUCGUAUGCAAGAGGGUUUCCCAAACUGAAAAAUGUCAUGAUAGUACAUACCUCUGUAGAAGCUGAGAAUGUAUGUGCUGAGAAGCACCAGAAGCUUUGUUAAAAUAAAUACGGAAACAUGUAUGAUAUAUUAGGUACGAUGGGUGUUGAAGUGCCAGAACUUCUGGUUACUACUCCUUGUUUGCUUAUGACUAAACUUAGAUUGAAAGUGGAGGAUGGAUGAAAGACUCUCACAUGCAUUACUUUGAUCUGUGUAGUGCACCUACCUCACUUAGGAAAGAAGGCUUAAUUUAGGGAUUUAAAAAUUGUUUUGGAUGAAUGAGACAUAGAAACAUAAGGAAAAAAGUCCUGUUAACCUUUUUGAGUCACCUGGAGUUCAAGGGUUUACAGGAUUGACACAAGAUAUGUGAGAAGGCAGAAAUGUAGAUGUUAGCCUGUAACCUGAAAGCAUGCUGUUUGAAUGUCAUUCGUGAUAUAAGGUUGUUUGGGGUUUUUUAAGGUAAGUACAAGAAUUUGUUAGUAAAGAUAGAAGGUACACCUUAUUUCUGCCUUUCAUGUUUGUCCAGUGAUCUGCCCGAGGUGGUUAAAUCCACUUCUGAAAAUACAGUUGUUCUGCAGAGGUGUUUUGCUGUCAUGUCCUUUGUAAAUUCAGAAAUCUGAUGCCCUGCUAGUUUCUCUUGAAGCGUGGAAGGUACCGAAGAGUCCUAAUUAUGGAGAAGAUUCUCCUGUGCUUUGCAAAACUUGGAAGAAGUGACCCUUGCCUUAAAAUCAGUUAACUAAACAUAACAAAGAAUCAAAGAAAGGACAUUGCCAUUUUCCCCCUCUCCCCUUCUUUUUUAAACAGACUGGGGAAGAGUGAGGAACAGAGCAAAACAAGUGAAACCAGUUCAAGGUCCCAGAGGAAUGCUGACCAGGACUAAGCUUCCAGAUUCCCAGCCAACCAUGUUAAACUGCUUCUGUUACUUGAUGAAUUCUGGUUUUAGCUUUUCAUUCUUACAGUUUUCAGGAUAUAGAUACAGUUCUGUUCCUUCUGUUCUUCUGAUUUUGUCUUCCCAAGGGUACUGUGUCUGCCAUAGAGUGAUGAUCCCAAGACUCAGGUGGAGUACCUGCUGUGGUUGACUUUGCUGCAAUGCGUGAUGCUGUGAAGAAACUUGGUGGGGACCCUGAAAAGAUCAAUCCUAUCUGUCCUGCUGAUCUAGUGAUAGAUCACUCCAUCCAGGUUGACUUUAACAGGCGAUCAGACAGCUUGCAAAAAAAUCAGGACUUGGAAUUUGAAAGGAACAAAGAAAGGUUUGAAUUCUUAAAGUGGGGAUCUCAGGCUUUUAAAAACAUGAGGAUUAUUCCACCAGGCUCUGGGAUCAUUCAUCAAGUGAACUUGGAGUACUUGGCAAGAGUGGUGAUGGAUCAGGAUGGCUACUACUAUCCAGACAGCGUGGUGGGCACUGACUCGCACACCACUAUGAUAGAUGGCUUGGGAGUACUUGGCUGGGGUGUUGGUGGCAUUGAAGCAGAAGCAGUGAUGUUGGGCCAGCCCAUCAGCAUGGUGCUUCCUGAGGUGGUUGGUUGUAAGCUGCUAGGAAACCCUCAGCCACUGGUAACAUCCACUGACAUUGUGCUCACCAUUACCAAGCACCUUCGCCAAGUUGGAGUCGUGGGUAAAUUUGUGGAGUUUUUUGGUCCUGGUGUAGCCCAGCUAUCAAUUGCUGAUCGAGCCACCAUUGCCAAUAUGUGUCCAGAGUACGGAGCAACAGCUGCCUAUUUCCCAGUGGAUGAUAUUAGCAUUGGGUACCUGAUACAAACUGGCCGUGAUAAAGAGAAAGUUAUGUGCACAAAAAGGUAUCUUGAGGCUGUGGGAAUGCUAAGAGAUUUCAAGAACUCCUCUCAGGAUCCGGACUUCACACAGGUUUUUGAGUUGGAUCUCCAUACUGUCGUGCCUUGCUGCAGUGGACCAAAAAGACCUCAGGACAAGGUUGCUGUGUCAGAUAUGAAGAAGGACUUUGAGAUUUGUCUGGGAGCCAAGCAAGGAUUCAAGGGAUUCCAAAUUGCCCCAGACCGACACAACAGCAUAGUCAAGUUUAAUUUUGAAGGCUGUGACUUUGAGCUUGCUCAUGGUUCAGUAGUGAUUGCUGCCAUUACAAGCUGUACAAACACCAGUAACCCAUCAGUUAUGUUGGGAGCAGGAUUGCUUGCUAAGAAAGCUGUUGAAGCUGGUUUGACAGUGAAACCAUACAUUAAAACUAGCCUGUCCCCAGGAAGCGGGGUUGUCACUUACUAUCUGAGGGAGAGUGGAGUUAUGAGUUACCUUUCCCAACUAGGGUUUGAUGUGGUGGGUUAUGGCUGUAUGACAUGUAUUGGCAACAGUGGACCCCUACCAGAGCCUGUUGUUGAGGCCAUUACACAGGGAGACCUCGUAGCAGUGGGUGUGUUGUCUGGCAAUAGGAAUUUUGAAGGACGUGUCCAUCCCAACACCCGUGCUAACUACCUAGCAUCCCCGCCACUGGUAAUAGCCUAUGCAAUUGCAGGGACUAUCCGAAUCGACUUUGAGAAAGAGCCUUUGGGAAUAAAUGCUUCAGGGAAGAAGAUUUUCCUGAAAGAUAUCUGGCCAACAAGAAAUGAGAUUCAGGCUGUUGAGCGUCAAUUUGUUAUUCCUGGGAUGUUCAAGGAGGUCUACCAAAAAAUAGAGACAGUAAACAAAUCUUGGAAUGCCUUAGAUGCUCCUUCAGAUAAACUAUAUACUUGGAAUCCCAAGUCAACUUACAUCAAGUCUCCACCUUUCUUUGAUGGUCUGACUCUGGCUCUUCAGACCCCAAAAACAAUAGAAGAUGCUUAUGUCCUUUUGAGUUUUGGGGAUUCUGUGACAACUGACCACAUAUCUCCAGCUGGGAAUAUAGCAAGAAAUAGUCCUGCAGCCCGUUAUUUGACCAGCAGAGGCUUGACUCCUCGAGAGUUCAAUUCUUAUGGCUCCCGCAGAGGGAAUGAUGCUGUCAUGGCCAGAGGAACAUUUGCAAACAUUCGCUUGAUGAACAAAUUUAUCGAUAAACAAGGACCUCAGACUGUCCAUUUCCCUUCUGGGGAAAUUCUGGAUGUGUUUGACGCUGCAGAAAGAUACAAGCAGGCUGGCCAUCCUCUGAUUGUGCUGGCUGGGAAGGAAUAUGGUGCAGGAAGUUCCAGAGACUGGGCAGCUAAAGGACCAUUCCUCUUGGGUGUCAAGGCUGUGCUUGCUGAAAGCUAUGAGAGAAUUCAUCGAAGCAACCUAGUAGGGAUGGGAGUGAUUCCUCUGCAGUAUUUACCUGGAGAGGAUGCAGGAACUUUAGGACUCACUGGACGGGAGCGUUACACGAUUAUCAUUCCUGAAAAACUAAAACCACAGAUGAAAGUCCAGAUUAAGCUGGAUACUGGGAAAAUCUUUAAUGCCGUCAUGAGAUUUGACACUGAUGUGGAGCUCACUUACUUCCAUAAUGGCGGCAUUCUGAACUACAUGAUCCGUAAAAUGGCAUCUUAAUCAAAAACAUUAAGCAAAAACGUCCAGGUACAAGCCUGCUUCUGGUGAGCACAGUAAAACUACGGUAAUCAUAAAUCUGAACCAUAAAGUGAAGUUUUUACGUGGAUUAUAUUAGAAGGCUUGUUUACAAUGAUGAAUUAUUCUGUGUAUCAGGAAACUGGACACGCUUGCCCAGUUAAACAGCAUUUAUUAUUUGUUUUGUAUGGUGGUUGGCUUGACUUACCUUAGAAUACAGUGCAAAAGUCAUUAAAAUACUGCUGUAAUCUGUGAAGUUGUUGAAGAUCAUAUGCUGACUUCAUAUAUUUGGUCCAUUUAGUUUGACUCUGAAGUUAAGUUCUAUGCUUGUAUCAGUGGUCCAAAAAUUAACUGACAGUAUAAAAAAUAAUUUUUAUUCCUUCCUGAUUACCUGAUAUUGACUUGCUUUCUUAUUCAGCUGAGCAGAAUCUGAAUCUAAUACUGAAAUUAAUUAUUUAGCUGUUUAUUAAUUCUAAAAAAUGUGAACUUUGCUGUUUAAAAUCUAAGCCUUUGUGGAAAGGUGGACCUAUUGGGGAUAAUAUUUCUAAUGGAUAAAAUUAAAUUUAUUUUCAAGAA